GAUGACUUCAUUGACGGCGCCUUGUUUGCCAUUAACUUGACCAAUGUCUCAAGCACCACUAAGUUUAGCUGCUUCUUUAUGUUUGGUCUUCAACCACGGCUACCAUUCGACGUUGAAAAACUUGUGCAGCAGGCUGAAAGGAGGAUGCUUUGCAAGAGUACAUAGACAAGAUGGCUACGACAAGAAAUGUUACGGUUUUCCAAGAUAGAACGCAACAUAACCAUAGCCCAGGGGAAACAAAACAAGGCAGUACCGAAAGAGGAAGGCAGGCAUAAAUAAGAGCUUUAAGAAGGGAGAUGUCGUGCUGCGAGGUAACAUGCUUCAGAAAAGUCAAGGGCAAGGUCACAAAAUCACAAGAUAAGUGGCCGGGGCCUAAUUACCCAAUAGAGGAAAUUAACCUGGAAAACGGAAAAUGUCAGCUAUGCGGGCGAGUUGGGAAGAUUUUAAGGCGGAAAACUAAUUUGAAGGAUGUUAAGAUUUACAAGCCACAGCAACUGAGUUCAGGAGACGACCAAGAUGGUUUGUCUGCAGCCCAGAAUGAAGAGGUGGAAACUCCACUGUCUGCAGCGGUGCUGACAAAAGCAUCCCAACACGGUGAAGCAACCAGGCCUCCACCUAACCGCACGCACGAACAGACCAGGGAUACCGUGCCUUCCCUGUCUUCUACUGGCAAGUAA